UAAUUGCCCAAGGAGCACUGAUCCGCUUGGGAGUUCAGACUUCUACUACUAUCUCAUGCUGGAUAUUUGACAAGAGAACUAAAAGUCAAUCAACAAAUACACCUAAUAAAACCAAACUCCAGCAAUUCAAGCAACGAUUUCAUCAACCGUUCGGAAAGCAACGAAAACCAGACAAAAUGGCAAGGAGAAUGGCGGGCUAGGUGUUUUUGAAUUAUAUUUUGUAAUCGAUUACGAUUAAUGGGUUCAUGCGUCCAAUGAAUCCACCAGUCCAACCAAAGUCCAACACAGAGGUGAGGUCGGAACCCGACUUAAGUUCGAGUUCGUAUGUAAUUCAAGAGAAGCAACAUGCUCUGUGUUAAGAGUUGUUCAUCAAGCUUUUGAUAAGGAUGUCGACCCAAUUCCUUUACCAUGGCUACUCUCCUUCCAAGUUUUUCUUGCCGUCAAGGAUCAUCCCAAAUUCACAGCUUCUUGAUCAAGUCUGGUUUUGAGUCUGAUAUCUUUGUUUCGACUGCCAUGAUUGACGUCUAUGCAAAAUGUGGGUUUAUGUUCUCAGCCCGUCGCGUCUUUGACGAGAUACCCGAAAGAAACCUCAUUUCAUGGAAUUCAAUGAUGCGGGGCCAUGCUCAGAAUGGAGAUGCAAAAAAAUCAAUGCAGCUAUUUGUAGAGAUGCGGAUAUCUGGAGGGCUUGAACCUGAUUCAUUCUCAGUUGUAACUGCACUUAGAUGCUGCGCCAGCUUGGUCUCAUUGGGACAAGGGAUGGAGAUACAUGGCUAUGUAUAUAGAAGUGGUUUAGAGAGGAUUCUUAUUGUUGGUAAUGGACUUGUUGAUAUGUAUGGUAAAUGUGGAGCUCUAGAGCUUGCAGAGAGGGUCUUUUAUCAGAUGCAGAAAAAGGAUGUAAGCUCAUGGACUGCACUCAUUAUCUGCUAUGGGUUGAAUGGUCAAGGAGCCAAAGCCAUUUCUCUCUUUGAAAAAAUGAAGAAGACAAGAGCGGUCAGCCCCAACUCUGUAACAUUAAUAGCUGUCCUCUCAGCUUGCAGCCAUUCCUGCUUAAUAGAAGAAGGGUUUGGAUAUUUCAGAGACAUGUCUGUUGACUUUGGUAUAGAACCCACAAUGAUUCACUACCUCUGCAUGGUAGAUAUGCUGGGAAGAGCAGGUUUUUUUCAAGAAGCUUUGAAGUUCAUUAGUGAGAUGCCUUUCCAAGCAAAUGCUCAAAUAUGGGAAGCAUUACUUGGACCUGCAACAAUUCAAGGGGACAGAAAGGUAGCAGAGAUGGCUGCAAAACGCCUUGUUGAGUUAGAACCUGAAAAUCCUGAUCUUCAUGUACAGCUGGCAAACAUCUAUGCAAAAGCAGGUCAGUGGGAAGAUGUUGCAAAGAUCAGAGGAAGGAUGAAUGCCAUGAGGCUUCAGAAGAUCACUGGAAAAAGCUUGGUGAAGGUUGUUAAGUAGGAGUAAAGCUCUAAAUACAUAUACCCCCUAUUAGUAUUAAAUAUCUAAAUUUGGCAUUACAUAUUAGCAGUCUCUACGUCUCAGAUGUGUAUCGAGUUUCACAAAGAAGACCCUGACAAUUGCGUAACCCAUAGGUGCAGCCGUGCAGGUAUGUUAAUAGCACUAGAAUCAAGAGUUCAAAUUCGACUGGAGCAAGUAAACCAGAUGGUUUACAGAUCCAGGGGGACAAUGUUGUACCAAUGAUUGAAAUAAUCUUGAUCUUUUUGUUGCAUUUUUGUUGCAUCAAAGUUUCUUCGA